AUGGAAAACUUGUACAACACAUCGUCUGUUGUGGUGCUAAAUCGCUUCAACCACUCAUCUGAAAAUGUCUAUCCUGCAUUUCUAUUUGCAUCUCUGAGCUACAUGAUCAUACUUUUCUGCAACCUUCUUCUAAUGCUCACUAUUGUACUGAACAAAUCUCUGCAUCAGCCCAUGUAUCUUAUUCUGCUGAACCUACCCAUCAACGACCUAAUAGGCUCCUCAGCCUUCUUCAUACAGAUCAUCAAUGACCUACUGACAAACAGAAAGACAAUGCAAUACUCAGCUUGUGUUGCCCAAGCUUUCUUUAUCCACAUCUAUGCAGCAGGUACGGUAUUGAUUCUGACUGCUAUGGCAUAUGAUAGAUACAUUGCCAUAUGUUGGCCUUUGAAAUAUAACACUGUUAUGACUUAUGCUAACAUUAUGAGAAUAAUCACAGUUGUGUGGAUGAGUUGUAUAGUUAUGAUAAGUGUGCUUUUUUUUCUGCUUUUGCGUUUACCCCGCUGUCGAUCUGAAUUGACACACCCUUACUGUGAUAAUCCAUCUUUGCUGACUCUGGUCUGUGCCGACACAACCAUCAACAACAUUUAUGGGCUUCUUUUAGUUGCUAUUUCACAAGUGAUAGGUAAUGGGAUGAUUUUGUACACAUAUCUCCAGAUACUUGUUGCAUGCUUCACAUCCAAACGAUCUGACACAAAAGCCAAAGCUCUGCAGACGUGCGCGACACAUCUGACAGUUUUUCUCCUUUUGGAGUGUAUGGGUCUUUUCACCAUAAUUUCGUACAGAAUACAAAACAUAUCCCUACAUUUAAGGAGGUUCAUGGGGGUAUCAACUUUAAUUUUCCCACCGACAUUGAAUCCGAUCAUCUAUGGACUGAAAACAAAAGAAAUUCGAGAAAAAGUAGUGCACUUUUUUAGGUAUAAAGUCUUUCCAUCUUAA